AUGCGGGUCGAAUGCCGGUUAUUCUCGGAUCAUCCCGGACAUUGCCGGCAGAGUUACGGAUGUACCCCAGUUGUUCCUAGUCGUACUCCGGUCGUUCCCGGAUCAUCCCGGACGUCUACCGGGACUCUGCUGGAAUCUGCUAUCGAUGUAACAUGUGACAGCGUUAAUCCUUUGAUACAAUCUGAUGUGACAUGCGUAUGCAAGAACGCACCGGGAACAGAUAUAGACUGGUUGGUUGAUGAUGAAUUCAACUCAAACUGUGGACUGUCCAAAGAAUGUCUACCUAUAUACAGUGGUUACAAUUACUCUAUCAACACGACUGGAAACGUUUAUAUGAUGACUAUAAAUUUAUAUAAUUAUAGUAAUUGUUCAAAGAUAACAUGUAAAGAUACAAGUGAUGGUAGCAUUAAGCAGUCGAUUAUCCCUUCGUCUUUAGUAUUUGAUACGACCUUCCCAACAUCAAUGGCAGAGCCAGGGUCAAACAAUACCAACGGUAUUAUUUCUGUGACAACUGGUUGUAUUUCUGGUUUCUCGGACGUGCAGUAUGAUUGGUAUUUCAUUGUUGAUGGAUUGGAAGAAAGAUAUGUUGUAUAUGAUACAAACAUUAUCGACACGAUAGAGAAAGAAAACUCUCCGUGUGUAAAUUGCGACACUGAUGUUAAUGGACAGAGAAUAAUUGGAUUUGAGCAUAGUGAGGCAUCAGGGUCUGGAACGAAAACUGGUCUUUUUAAGGUGUCCUUGUAUCAUGUCUCGACAAAUUCUCAACUUAAUUUAACAUCAAGAUAUUAUUACACAGUAAAAGACCAUGAUCUUGACUGA